AUGAAGAGUCUACUGAUCCUGUCCGUUAUCCUCUGUGUCGCUUUGUCCAUCAGGGCUGCAACAUUGGUUCCAACUGAGGCUGCUGCAGUAAUAGAGGAAAACAAACCUUCACCAAAAUCAGGGAUGGAUGCUGACACUGCUGCUCUGCCUCAAAGGAUGGAUGCUGACACUAAAGUUCUGCCUCAAACUCGUUUUUCUUUUUGCCUUGAUGGUUGGCUUAGUUUCCGUGGUAACUGCUACUACUUAGCCAACGAUUAUGUUUCCUGGAGAAAUGCAGAGAGCUACUGUGCUGCUUAUGACGGCAGUCUGGCCUCAGUCCACAACAUCUGGGAGUAUAACUUCCUCCAGCAUAUGGUCAAGACUGGGGGUCACACUUUAGCCUGGAUUGGAGGUUACCACUUCCAGGGCGAUUGGAGAUGGGAAGAUGGAUCAGUUUUUAACUAUCACAACUGGGAUACAGUAAGCUCCCCUGACCAUUACCAGUGCCUGCAGCUCAACUCUCAAGCGUCCAAGGGCUGGUCCAAUCAUGGCUGCGAGAUGCUCUUCCCAUUCGUCUGUCAAGUGAAGCCAAGCUGCUAG